AUGUCUGCCAUGGAAGCAACGUGUUCCAAAAAACUUUGGCAAAUCGUUUCUGUCUUGAAGUGCCGUAAUUCGAGUAUUACUCAUCUACACGUGUAUGGUACGAGCGCUGGUCCGAAAGAUGAAGUAAUGCAGAAAGUUAUUCAGGAAGUUGAAGACAGUGAUGAAGUAAUGGUUCUACGGGUGAAUUGCUACAUGAAUCACAGAUCUCACAAGUUAUUUUGUCGUGGCUUGUAUAACUUGUUACCGCAUUCAAAGUCUGGAAAAAAAGUCGAUGAUUUGGAAUCUGUAUUUGAAGAGUGCAGAGCAGAGUUAGAGUGUAUGAAAUCGGCUGUUAUGGUUAUUGUAUUGAAUGACGCUGAGAUGCUGCUUAAUUUUUCACCAAGCUUCUUGCAAGCACUUUUUUCAGUUCCUAAAAAGUAUGGUGGCACAAUAAAAUUGGUUUCGGUUGCUCGAUUGCCAUGGACACGAUUUGAAAUUACGGAACAUAUUUCGUCACCUGUGCAGUUUGCUUUUGAAGCGUUUUCGAAAGGAGAAGUUCAAGAAGCUCUGUCAUCGCGACUCAGUUUUGACACUAAUUUUGUACGAUGUAUGCUUGAUAUGGUUUAUUCCGUAUGCCGUGAUUUGAACCAAUUGUCAUAUAUCAUUGAAAAACUUUGGGACACUGGAGCUGGAGAUGGAAAAUGGCUAAAUAGUGCAACAUCAAACAAGCUAAAGACUUGCUAUGCUUCUGAGGGGCAGAAUCGAACUGAAGAACUGUUCUAUCGAAGCGAGAGCAAACUGGACGAUGAACAAACAUUUUGUCUUUCUAUAAGCGCGAAGUAUUUGUUGAUCGCAGCUUAUUGUGCUAGUUAUAACUCGCCUAAUAGCGAUCGCCGUUUUUUCACCAAGAAUCACGGAAAACAACGCCGCCGUACAACAACAGCAAAAGGAAUUCGAAACAACGCAAUUUCAGCCCAUGAAACGGGCCCCAAACCAUUCUCUUUACAAAGAUUGCUUUUCAUUUAUCUUUCAAUGCUUGAAAAGCAUGACAUGAGUACUCAGUGUGCUGCUGACAUUAAUGCACAGGUUGCGGAGCUAUGCGCGAUGGGUUUACUAAAUCGAGUAUCUGCUGAUGGCAAUCUGGAUACACCAAAAUAUCGUUGUAUCAUUACUUUUGAUUUUGCAGAGCAGUUAGCAAAAGCGAUGGGUAUAAAAAUUCGCGAUUUCCUUAUUGAUUUUUCGCCGUAA